UGCCAUUGCCCUACCCUCAGACACUACAGGAAGUAGAAGUUCCCGUGGUGUCAAACUCAGCCUGCAGUAAAGAGUACGCUACCGAAGGCGUCACCAUCAACUCCAACAUGCUCUGCACUGGACUACUCGGGGUGGGGGGCAAGGACUCCUGCCAGGGAGACUCGGGGGGCCCGGUGGUAAUCAAGCGGAGCUCUACGUGGGUGCAAGCUGGCAUUGUGAGCUUUGGCAUCGGCUGUGCAGAUCGCCAAUUCCCAGGAGUCAACACCCGGGUGUCCCGCUACAACAACUGGGUGGACGAGCACGUCAACCACCAGCCAGGACUACUCAGUAGCAGCAGGGUGGUCCUACUCACCACCACUCUCUCCCUCAUCCUUCUCUCCACAUGAAGAGCGGAAUUUUUCAAAUGUUUUUUAUUAUUAACUAAGCUUUAUAAAAUUUCUGCAAAUAGUAUGUUCAAGAUUUUACAAACCUUUCAACAGAGUAUUUCCUUUCACUUACAAACAGUUUGUAAAUGUUUAAUAAAUAUAAUUAACAUAACAUUUACCACUCAUUUAGAAACAUUUGUUAAUGUUUUGUUCAUCAUUAGUUAAUUGCUAACAAAGUCUCUAUAAUGCGUUUUAUGCAUGCUUAUUAUAAAGUGUUACCCCACAGUGUUGAUUUAACAUUUUGAGAGUGUAUUGGGUCCCAGAUUACUCUCUAAGUGUUGAAUUAACAGAGACUGAAUAUGUUACUGUGUAUCCUCUAUGCACAACAUCGCUCACUCCACUCCAUUAUGCCAACACUCCAUUUCUGACUUUUAAAAAGGUGUAUUUCACGUUAUACAUGGGUUCUGAGUGUUUAUCAACACAAUGUUAUGAGGAGGGGGAAGACACUGGCAGCCAACCAUGUGAGCAAAUUUUUUGAGCGACAGCGGUUUCCAACAAUCAGAGGUUGAGUUGUGCGCAGUUAGUUUCGCACAGUCAGGUUAUAAACAAAUUUUAGAACCCAUGUAUACUUGACUGUGAAAAUGAUGGUGAGAAAUCUGUUCACCUGAGGCCUGUUAACAGACCUACUUGCCUACAGAUCUACAGAGCCUUCUGAACUCCUGUGUUUGAGUUAGUUUACGUGUGCCGUGUGUGUGUGUG